GUCACCGUGCGGCAGCGCCCGGCAGCGCCCGCGUCCUCCCGGGGCAGGGCAGGAUCCGGCCCCCGGGACCGGGGGGUGGGGGGGGAAUGCCGGGCUCUGAGUGCUCCCCGGGGCGGGGCAGGAUCCGGCCCCCGGGCUGGGUGCGGGGCUGUGGGUGCUCCCCGUGAUGCGGAGCAGAAUCCGUCCCUCGGCACCCGAGGGGGUGCUGGGCGCUCCCCGGGCAGCAGGGCCCAAUCCGGCGCGGUACCCCCCCAGCCUGGUCGUGCCGCGGGGCCGGAUCCCGGGACUGGUCUUCGAGUGACGGGGAGCGGCUGCAGCGUGGGGCGGGGGCCCGGAGCCGCCCUGCGGCCCCCCGCCGCCUCCCCCUCCGAAGGCAGCCCGGAGCCCCGGGGGGUGGCGGGGCGCGGUGCAGUGGCGGCGGCGGGCCGGGGGGUGGCACGGCCGAGCCAGCCGGGAUCGCGGCGCCAGCCGGUGCUGCUGCCUGGGAGGGUCCCCGUGCACCGCAGCCCCGGCCCUGCAUUUUCCCCCCCCCCCCCGCCCCUUCCCUCCCUCCCCCCCCCCGCAUCCCCGCGGCCGCACGUCGCUCCAUCCCCGCGUCCCUCCGCCCCGCCACCCCUCCGUCCCGGCUCCGCUCAGCACCCUGCGAAGCACCGCCGAGGAGCCGAGCCUUAACCCCCCUUCACCCCAGCCCCCGCGGGGGGGGGGGGCCCUGCCCGCAGCACGGGGAGGGGGGGCAGCACGGGCCCGGGGGGCUGCGGCCGGGCGCGGGGCCGGCCCCGAGGUGUGCGGGGGCUGAGCGGCCUCCGCACCCCGCGCCCACCCUCCGCUCAGCCGCUCUGCGCCGGGGAUGAGGCAGCGCCGGGGGGGCCACGGCGACGCCGCACAGCAACGCAGCAGCUAACGCUGGUGGGAGCUCGCCACCCCUGGCCCACCAUGCCCUCCUCCAAGACCAGCAGCGAGUACUGGAUCGAUGGGUCCCACCGUGAGACGGCCCUGGAAGAUUUCUACGUCGUGGGCCCCGAGCUGGGACGGGGAGCCACCUCGGUGGUGUACAGCUGCGAGGAGAAGGGCACGGGCACCCCGUACGCCGCCAAGAUACUGAAGAAGACAAUCGACAAAAAGAUCGUGAGGACGGAGAUCGGGGUCCUGCUGCGGCUCUCACACCCCAAUAUUAUCAAGCUGAAGGAGAUCUUUGAGACACCCUCCGAGAUCGCGCUCGUCCUGGAGCUGGUGACAGGAGGAGAGCUCUUUGACAGGAUCGUGGAGAGGGGGUUCUACAGCGAGCGGGACGCGGCCCACGUGGUCAAGCAGAUCCUGGAAGCUGUUUCGUAUCUGCACGAAAACGGAGUCGUCCACCGCGACCUGAAGCCGGAGAACCUGCUCUAUGCAGACCUGUCCCCCGAGGCUCCCCUUAAAAUCGCGCCGCUCCCCUCUGUGUCCCUCCAAGGUGACUUUGGGCUCUCCAAGAUCGUGGAUGAACAGGACACCAUGAAAACUGUCUGCGGGACGCCUGGGUACUGCGCCCCUGAAAUCCUCCACGGGUGCCCGUACGGCCCUGAAGUGGAUAUGUGGUCCGUGGGCGUCAUCACCUACAUCCUGCUCUGUGGCUUCGAGCCUUUCUUCGACCCGCGAGGGGACCAGUACAUGUACAGCCGCAUCCUCACCUGCGACUACGAGUUCGUGUCCCCGUGGUGGGACGAGGUUUCCCUCAAUGCCAAGGACUUGGUCAGAAAGUUGAUCGUUCUGGACCCCCAGAAGAGACUGACUGUCUACCAGGCUCUGGAGCAUCCCUGGGUCACCGGGAAAGCCGCUAAAUUUGCUCACAUGGACAGCACGCAGAAGAAACUGCAGGAGUUUAAUGCCAGGCGGAAACUGAAGGCUGCCAUGAAAGCCGUGGUGGCUUCCAGCCGCUUGGGCAACCACGGGCACCACGACUGUUCCCGCAGCGGGCGCAGCCAGGGGGGUCCCCGGGGCGCCUGCCUGCCCCAGGGGACAGGGACCGCCGGCCCCGAAGCCACCGCCACCAAGGACCUCGACGCUUUCCGGAGUGACUGCCCCGCCAUGUCCGAGGUUCCCGUGAACGGCGCCAGCUGCAAGAGCUAACGUGCUUGGCGCCGCUGCCGCCUUGCCACGGCUUCGACAAGCAAUACCCCACUGACCCUUGGACGCCGGCACGGGGAGAGGCGGGGGCAGCCGGGGGGGGGACAGGAGCGCCCUGAGUGUAGGCACGUAUCGGGAGCCCGUGGUCUGUCACGUGGAGCAUCCUUAUUUAGUGUCCUGUUGCCAGUGCAGUUGUACCUGGUCACUGUGAGUGUGUGUCUGUACAGACCUGGCUGAGGAAACAAGGCUGGGGACUCAGUCUUCCGAUAAAUUAACAGUUUUGGCCACUGUGGCACGAAAAGAUCCCACGUGGCUUAUAAAUGAGAAGCAAGCAGCAGAAAAAGGAUUUCUUUCACCUUCCCUACGAAGGCAGUAAGUUGUCUUUACGACACAGUUUGGUGAGUCCCUGUAAAUAGUCCUGAAGGGUUUAUUUGCUCAGGGGAGAGGGUGUGUCUGGAUCAUCGCUGACCAUCGACGUCACAGCUACAGUCGCUGUUACAAGACCCAGCCGUAGGUUUACUGCUAUAUUAGACAAGGUUUGUAGGAGCCUUUGAACCCAGCUGUUUGAUCCUAUCCGGAGAAAAAGUGUUUGCUAGUGGUUCCUUUAUUAUCGCUAGAUGGUAGACGACCUCCGAUUUGUGCUUUUGUUCCACUCCAGUUUCAUUUGUUCCCGCAUUUGGUCUUGCUGUGGAUACGUGGUGGUGGUAGGACUGUCACGAACCGGGAAUGCCGGCUCAUCUGCCCUCUGCGUUGGCGUUCCAGGUUACCAUUUACGCGACGAGUUUUAACGAAGAACAAUGCAAUUCUUUCUACGGCACGUUGUAAGACUUUGUAACAUGUGACGGUGCUGUUGUUUCCUGAGUGAGGACAAUGAGUUUCUACGUAUCUUGGUUUUUUAAGACUAAUGAAAUCAGUUGACAAGCUUCUCGAAAAGAAAUUUUUUUAGGCAGUUAUUUACCAAGCCACAGGAUAAGCAUUUGCAGAUUUUAAUACGGAACAAGUAAUCAGACAGGAAAAGCCAUAUUACGCGUUGGGGGAUUACAGAAAGCUGGGUGGCAGCUCCGCAGUCCCAGCUGGUGCGAUCCAGUGCGGGGUUUGCUAACCCGAGGCAAUAACCAUGACCUGCAGCCCUCCCGGUUUGCGCCAUACACUUAUAACAGCAUCUUUGGGCAAAAAAAAUCUCAACUGGAGAAUGAAAUCUAGACACAAGGAUAUUUUUUUCCAGGCUGGGCACACAGAACCCAGUAGUUUAUAAAAGAGGGACGGCAAACAGAAAUUAAAAUUUUGCGGAAGCUGAAAGCUGCCAUUCCGGACACCCGGCUUGGGGCAGGUCAGAGCUGGGAUCAGAGCAGCAGGAAGGCAAACGUAACACAGCGACUUUCACAUUUAUUUACAGCACAAGCAGAAAUCAUAGAGACUAUGUGUAAGGGCUGAUCCAUACUGUAUGAAGCUCAUCUAUCUUUAGGGUGCUUGUAAAGCCGAAUACACAGGAGAGAUCGGAUGUUCAUGAGGGUUUUUUAAUUGGAAAAAUAUUAGGUCUUGACCAGAAAUGUGCGUUGUUUUUUUUUUUUUGUCAGUCAUACCUUCAAUGGGGAAGCAGAUGCACAGCAAGAUAUCCCUGCAGAGAAAGCAAAUGCUGAUAACAAGGGAGAAUGCUUCCGCAAGGGGAAAAUUAUUUAUUUUGCUUUGCGUUUUGCAGGAAGGGCAGUUGGUUUCUCUCUUUUUUGGUUUUUUACUAUAGAGGGCUGAACCUUGCAGUGUGCUGAACUCCGGUCUUUAUUCUACAAGCGUGCUUAGGGUGACGCUCGCUGUCCUUCAGACUCUGUGAUGUGUCCCCGUGGGGCCAGAACUCCCAACUUUAACCACGUUGUUUACUAACCUGGGUCUUAAAAGACUAUUUUAUAUCCUUUGACAUGAAAUACUCACUUAAAUACCUUGCAGGACCAAGCCAGAGUGCUCAGCACACCCCAAGCCUGUGAAGCAGGGACCGAUGCUGGGAAAUGCUGAGUAACCUUGCCCUGCCUGCACUCUGAUCCUACAGGAUGACGGGGAAUAAUAAAUGUUAUUCAUUAGGUAACAGUGAGUAACAAAGUGUCUUCAGCCAUGGAAGGCACCCCAGGGAAAACUGUAAGCAAAAGGAGUUUGCCUCUUAUGUCAACAAAGUAUUAUUCCACAAAUAUCGGUACUUAAAAGGUAGAAAAAAAAAAAUACUCCUGGGAGUACAAUACCAUUUUGGUCUGUAUGCCAUUUUCAGAAUGUGUUUUACUAACUUCAGUAUAGUGGUGACAUUUCCGAUGUUGCAGACAUUUAUAAAGAAGUAUAGACAGCUAAUAAAGUGUCAAACAUCGUAACGUGGGCUCUGUUUUCA